CAUGGCAUGGCAUGCAGCUAAGCAGUCACGACGUCGAGUCGUGAGUCGUGUAUAGCACGUCUCAUCACCAAACAUCCUCAUCCUCACCCUCACCCUCACCACUUUGCUCAGCUUUCCACACCGUUGUCGGCAAAGAGCAGAAGAGGUGUGCCAAGGAUGCCAUCCCCAUCCCCAUCCCCGUCGCCGUCGCCGUCGCCGUCGCCGUCGCACCUCGCCUUUCAUCUGCAGGCUGCUUCUGCGCGCUUCCUUCAGUCCGCACAGCAUGGCACAUCAUCCGCACUCGCACUCGCACCCACACCCACACCCACACCCACACCCACACCCGUCGCAGCUCCAUCCACCUCCAACGCCGCGCUCUCAUCGUCCUCUCACGACAUUUCCCUCAUCACGCAAGCAUACAUGGAUCAAGCAUCCUCUCCGCUUCACAGUCUACAUGCUUGGGCGCAGAUACGAGAGCGAGAGCAGGAGCAGGGGCAGGAGCAGGGGCAGGUGCAGGUGCAGGGGCAGGGGCAGCAGAUGGACGUUCAGAGCGUGAUGAGAGAUCUGGCCGAAUUGUUGUUGGAGCCGGCAUACACGCUGCUGCUCGCCACCUCUUUUGAAGCGCUCUUGCCCGAAAUCAUCUCAACGUGCUUGGACGAGGCUCUGCAGUCGCACCCAUCUUCCUCUUCAGACGCGCAACUCACCUCUCGCUCUGCCCACCCACACACUCUACGUUUGCGGUCCGCAUUCGCGACCAUCGCUGCAUUGCUGCCUCCUUUUCCUCAAUGCUUUCCCGCUGCAUUGCGCAUGGUCUGCCAUCCCGCCUUCUCGAAUGGCCCGCUCGCGCACCUUUCCGCGUCCGCACCUGCACAAAGUCUGUCAUCCAUCGACGAAGCCAAGCUGCACGUAGACGCUGACGAGCUGCUCGAAGAUGGAUCCGCCCUUCAGACGAUGCUGCUCAGCUGGUAUCGUCUUCUUCACGCCGCACCUGCUCUUUCCUCUUACUCCCCAACAUCGUGGCCCACCAGGCAAUUGGAGCGCAUCAUCACCCACCCAAAUCCGGAUGCCUACUCCAAGACGACCAGGUUGAUAGCCAUUCAGGCUUUAUCGGCUCAGCAAGGCAUCGCAGAGUCUACGAGGGUGGAGAUGGAAGGUCGGUACGUCGGUAGGCCCGCUGCUGGCAGACUACCACUGGAGGAGAAGCAGAAGGAAGAGAAGGAAGGAGCGGUGGAUGCGUGGAUCGAGGUGCGCUCUUUGAACUCGUCGGCAGUCAACGUGGAGCGUGUAGAUGCUUGGAACUUGGCUCUGGAGGAGUUGAUCAGGUGCGAUCGGGUCCGGCAUGCUCAGGAGCAGUCCAAGUCGCAUGGCGGCAGCGAGGGCAGCAUGCGCGUCGCGCGGGCGGAUCUGGGAGCUCAUACCACAAUCAUUGGUGGGACACUGGUGUUCAAGAUUGUGCCACUGCAGGACUUCGCGCAAGGGCUUCCUGCCGCAGUAGAACCGCCCGCUCAACGAUCCCGCUUCAUCGAGACCGAAGCGCUGCAAAAGCCCUUGACUGAUCUUGUUCGGCUGUUGGCGCUACGCCGGCCUAUUCUUUUGUCCGGACCGCCAGCCUGCGGCAAGACGUCGCUACUGGAGCACUUGUGUGCGUGCAUGCGCUCGUCGGAGAGCUCGACCUCCUCCAAUCUCCCCAUACUCUCGCUACAUUUAGGCGAUCAAUCAGGACUCGAUGCCAAGGCUCUUUUGGGCAGCUUCGUCUCAUCCCCCACCCGACCAGGCACAUUCGAAUGGUCCGAAGGAGCUUUGACUCGGGCAGUCCGACUUGGACUCUGGGUCGUCUUGGAAGAUAUCGAUCGAGCAUCCGGCGAGAUCCUUUCUCUGAUCAAGCCGCUCGCGCAAGCGUUGGGAUCUGCCAACACGCCGGGCGGUAGGCCACAAAUAGAUUUGGGAUGUCGAGGCAAGGUACAAGCGGGACACGGAUUUGCGCUGUUCGCUACGCGAAACGUGCAUGCUUCUCGAGCGAACGCUUCGACGCUCGAUGAUGCCAAUGCCUUGCCGCCGUCCGCGGUCUUUAUGGGACAUUGGCACUGGAACAACGUGGACAUGCUCUCGCCCAGCCUAGACGACGUGCAAGAGAUUUUGCGCCGCAUGUUCCCUCGACUGGCGGAGGCGCAAGAUGGAGCGCUAAGUCGCAUGGUGAGCGUUUGGAGCUCUGCUGCUGCGCUCUCCUCGCGUCUGGCCAAGAGGUCUGGUGGCGCUAGUACGAACGGUACGAGAUCCGGCUCGAGGAGAAAUGUGUCGGUGAGGGAUCUGGUCAAGUGGGCUGGGCGAGUGGAGGCCAUGUUGAGCUCGGCUGGAAGAGCGGCUUUAAAUCCUUUUGCGAAUCAGGCGAUGCAAGAUGAGAUCUUUGCGGAGGCUUGCGAUGUCUUUUUGGGCGCUUUGGCCCCUCCAGCGUCUGCUCUGUUGACAGCACCUGCUGGCGCCAACGCCGUGCGCAAGCUGUCUGCCAGCAACGAAGCAUAUGCGGAACUUCUCGAGAGCUUGGCGACGGGUCUUGGUCUCUCUACCGAAAGUGCAUGCUUCGCGAUUCAAGGCCGUACUCCCGAGCUCGUGCUGCGCUCUUCGCAGAGCGGCGCACAUCGACCUGGAGAGGCCCAGCAAGGCACGCACGUUCGCAUAGGCCGAGUCGAGUUGAGUCGCGCACCUCGUGGGACCUAUCAGACAGCAGCAGCGCCUCCAGCGAACAGCUUCGCAAUGACUCGACCGGCCUUGCUUCUCCUGGAGCGACUGGCUGCUUGUGUGUCUCACGCAGAACCGGUCUUGAUGGUCGGGGAGACGGGAACGGGCAAAACGACCAUUGUUCAGCACCUCGCUUCCAUGCUUGGAAGACCGCUGACGGCGCUCAAUCUCAGUCAACAGACCGAAAGCAGCGAUCUGCUAGGCGCUUUCAAACCGCUCGAUGCCAAGUUGCCGGCAACCGAACUUCACAACGCGUGGCUGGAGCUGUUCGAAAAGACCUUUUCGGCAAGAAGAAAUGCGCGCUUUGUGGAUGCGGAGAGGAAAGCUUUUGCGCAAGCCAGGUGGUCAAGAUUGGCUGCUCUGUGGAACGAGUCUGCUAAGAUGGCGGCUACGAGACGUCGUAAGGAGGAGCAGCAAGGAUCGAGCGGAGAGGCGCCGAGCAGAAGCUCGCCGGGAGCUACGUCUCGCAAGAAGAGGCGAACGGACGAUGGGCCUUUUACCAGAGAUGAAGCGCUGGACAUGGCCUGGCAAGAAUUUGCGGAAAAAGCCCGACAAUUCGAGAUCCAUCAUGCCACAAAGAAGCGCAAUUUCGUCUUUAGCUUCGUCGAGGGUCCGCUAGUCCGCGCGCUGCGCACAGGUGCUUGGGUGCUGCUAGACGAGGUCAAUUUGGCCGCUCCGGAGACGAUCGAUUGUCUUUCGGCCCUCUUGCAAUCGAGCUCCAGCAGCCUCGUGCUGACGGAGAGAGGUGAUCUGGAGCCGGUGCCUCGUCAUCCGGACUUUAGAAUCUUUGCCUGCAUGAAUCCAGCCACGGAUGUAGGCAAGCGAGAUUUGCCAGGUAGUCUGCGUAGCAGGUUCACGGAGCUGUACGUGCCUAGUCCGGCGGCAGAUCGAGAAGCGCUCACUUCCAUUGUGGACAAGUAUGUGGGACACUUGGCGCAUGGAGAUCGAUCGGCCAUCAUGGAUGUUGCGGAGACGUACUGGGAACUACGCACGCUCGCGGAUGAUCACGAGCUUGCGGACGGGGCGAAUCAGAGGCCGCACUACUCUAUACGCACCUUGUCGCGUGCCCUGACCUUUGCGGCAGACGUGUCGGCCACGUACGGACUGCGACGAGCGCUCUGGGAAGGUUUCAUCAUGGCUUUCGUGUUGCUGCUGGAUGAGAAGAGCGCCAAGAUUGCCCGCGACAUCUUGCAACGACGCGUCCUCUCGCGCGCCAAGAACGCAAAUGCUGCGGCUAGCUUUGUGCCAGCUGCACCCGACUCGAACACGUGCGUGCAGGUGGGAUCUUUUUGGUUGGAAAGAGGACCUUUGGAAUUGGAUGCUGCGGAGGAUUAUGUCCUCACGCCUUCUGUGCAGGAGAAACUCGUGGGACUUGCGAGAGCAGUCGUUACGCGACGCAACCCCGUGCUGAUCCAAGGACCUACAUCUGCGGGAAAGACGAGCGCGGUAGAGUACCUCGCUAGAAGGACGGGACAUCGUUUUGUGCGCAUCAACAAUCACGAGCACACGGAUAUCCAAGAGUACAUUGGCUCGUACGCUUCGGAUGCCGAUUCCGCAAGGCUCGUCUUCCACGAAGGCUUGCUGGUUCGCGCUCUGCGGAACGGGGACUGGAUCGUCCUGGACGAGCUCAACUUGGCGCCCACCGAUGUUCUGGAAGCUCUGAACAGACUGCUAGACGAUAAUAGGGAGCUCGUCAUACCCGAGACUGGCGAAGUCGUGCGACCUCAUCCUCACUUUAUGCUCUUUGCGACGCAGAACCCUCCAGGUCUGUACGCAGGUCGCAAAGUCCUGAGCCGCGCUUUCCGAAACCGGUUUUUGGAGAUCCACUUUGAUGAUGUGCCGCAGGCGGAGCUUGAAGUCAUCUUGACGCACCGAUGCUCCAUCGCUCCUUCCUACGCCAACAAGAUUGUCGCGGUAUUCGUGGAGCUGCAAAAACGUAGACAGGCGGGAAGAGUGUUCGACACCAAACAGGCUUUCGUCACCCUUCGAGAUCUUUUCAGAUGGGGACAAAGAGAGGCGGUGGGGUAUCAAGAGUUGGCGCAUAAUGGCUACAUGCUCAUUGCGGAAAGAGCUAGGAGAGCAGACGAUAAGGUCACCGUUCGACAGGUCAUCGAGCAGGUCAUGCGCGUCAAGAUCGACGAAAAGGCGCUCUAUGACUUGAGGGGUCAAGCGUCCGCUCGACUGAGCGGCGGAAUCGCUCAGCGUUUGAAAUUGGAAGCUUUGCGAGCUGGAAUCGUCUGGACCGAAGCGAUGCAGAGGAUGCUGUGCCUCGUAGCUGCUGCUCUGCAGUAUGACGAGCCCGUGCUGCUCGUGGGAGAGACGGGUGCGGGCAAGACGAGCGUGUGCGAAGUGCUCGCUGCUGCGAUGGGAAGAGAGCUUCAUCAAGUCAAUUGCCACCAGAAUACGGAUGCGGCCGACUUGCUCGGAGGUCAACGACCUUUGAGGAAUCGAGCGGCUCGACAGGCUCAUGCGAGAGCAGUCGCUCUCGAAGCGCUUGCUUUGGUGCACGAUCCUCUUGCUGAUGCAAGCAGCGAGGCGGAUCUGGAAGAUCUCGCUGCUGCACUAGCAAAGAAUGCUUCCGCAAGUACCGAGCCUGUCCUGACGACCGCAUUGCAAGCUGUCCAUCGCGCUAUGGCUCUGUUCGAAUGGCAAGAUGGUCCGCUGGUGCAAGCGAUGCGCCACGGCAAUCAUUUGCUGCUCGACGAAAUCUCCUUGGCAGACGAUAGCGUGCUAGAGCGACUCAACUCUGUGCUCGAGCCCGGUAGAACGCUCGUACUGGCUGAACGCACGGGCGCUUCGCUGGACAAGACGGCCGAGGGCGCGCUCGACUCGGCUCAUCUGCGCGCUGCGUCGGGCUUUCAGGUCGUCGCCACCAUGAACCCGGGAGGCGAUUACGGCAAGAAGGAACUCAGCCCUGCGCUGAGGAACCGCUUUACGGAGAUAUGGGUGCCGCACGUGGAGGAUCGGACGGACUUGAUGCGCAUUUUGGAUGCGAAGUGGAACGGCCCCGAGUUGCAGCGGUGGGGCGCCCCCAUGCUGGACUUUACGCACUGGUUCAUCGCAGAAGUGGGAGGACGGGAUCAGGCAAACUUGGGCGUGAGGGAUUUGCUCGCUUGGACGACUUUCAUCAAUCAGACGGCCAAGGUGGUGCUUGAAGAGCAAAAGGCUUUUGUUCACGGCGCUAUGAUGGUCAUCGUGGAUGGCGUGGGAUCGCUUCCCGCUACCGCUGCGAUGACCCCUGCUGGAGUGCGCGCGCUGCGCACUCGAUGCGUGGCGCAGCUUCAUGAUGUGGUGCGCUCCGUCGGCAAUUCGACGAUGCAUAUGGGGGAGAAAGACCUGCUGACGGUGCGUCGGACAUCUACGCACUUUUCUAUCGGUCCAUUUUCUGUACGCAGAAAGGACGCAUUGUCGGACAUGGAAGCGUCUGAAGCGAACGACUUUAGCUUCGAGGCGAGGACGACGGCGAGCAAUGCGAUGCGCGUCCUUCGAGCGCUCUGCGUGCCUCGGAAAGCCAUCCUGCUCGAAGGCAGUCCUGGAGCGGGCAAGACGAGCUUGAUUGCGGCUCUGGCGAGAGCUAGUGGGAAUGCGCUCACGAGAAUCAACUUGUCGGAUCAGACGGAGCUGACGGACUUGUUUGGUGGAGACCUUCCGCUCGAGGGCGGAGCUGCUGGACAAUUCGAGUGGAGGGAUGCUGCGUUUUUGAGAGCUAUGCAGGCGGGCGAUUGGGUGCUGCUCGACGAGAUGAACUUGGCAUCUCAGACCGUGCUGGAAGGACUCAAUUCUUGUCUUGAUCACAGAGGCACGGUCUACGUCCCGGAACUAGGGCGCACUUUCACAAAGCACGAAGACUUUAGACUUUUUGCGGCGCAAAAUCCUCAUCAUCAAGGCGGUGGUCGCAAAGGCUUGCCAAAGUCCUUUUUGAACCGCUUCACAAAGGUUCACGUGGAUGAGCUUGAAGCUGGAGAUAUCCUCACCAUUUGCGCUCACCUCUAUCCCGCUUUCGAUCAGCGGGAUUUGAGCCGCAUGAUCGAGUUCAAUGCUCGUCUGUACGAUGCUGCCAUGGUCACCCGGAGCAUGGGCAGGGCGGGAGCGCCUUGGGAGUUCAAUUUGCGGGACCUCUUGCGCUGGCUUUCGCUUUUGCACUCCGAUCUAGGACUCAAUUGGCGCCGUAGCCCUGUGCAGCACUUGUCCACUCUCUUCUUGCAGCGUUUCAGGAACAAACGCGAUCAAAGGGCUGCAGCUGCUAUCUAUCAACAGAUCUGGGGAGAAGAGAUCGACGUCGAUCAUCGUCCACAACCUACGGUCACGCCCAAGUUCCUGCAAGUGGGUCACGCGGUGUUGCCUCGCUUGCCACGCCACGCAGAGGAUCAUGCAAAGCUGGCGUUUCCCAAACACAUUUUACCGGCUAUGGAAACGCUCAUCGAUUGUGUUCACCUCGGCUGGCUCGCUAUUCUUACAGGACCCAGCGGCGCAGGAAAGACUUCUGCUGUAAAAUUGCUUGCUCAGCUUGCGGGAGCUCGUUUGGAGGAGCUGUGCAUGAGUUCGGGCAUAGAUGCUAUGGAUGUGCUGGGCACUUUUGAGCAGGCGGACCCUUUGUUGGACAUUCGUGGAGACUUGACGAGACUGGACCAUGCUCUGCAAGCCCUCGAAAGCUCGCAACUUGCUGCUUUACCUGACCACGACCAGCUCGAUGCCGCGCGCCAACGCGUUGCUCAGCUCCUGUCGAGUGGGGGCGCGAUGACAGACGAUCAACAGACGCAGCUCAUCGCUUACAUAGAGCCGCUGGCUCUCGUCGACGAAACAUUCGCAGUACGGGAGGCGCUAGAGGGCGUCGCAAAAGCGGCCAAAGCUGCAGCUAGUCAGGCUGGACGCUUCGAGUGGCACGAUGGCCCCCUGGUGCGAGCCAUGAAGCGCGGCGACUGGCUCCUGAUCGACGACGCAAACUUGUGCUCCGCAUCGGUUUUGGAUCGUCUCAAUUCUCUUUUCGAGGAAGGUGGCUCUCUCAUACUCAGCGAGCGCGGCGUCAUCGAUGGAGAGAUUCAGGUCGUCAGAGCACAUCCCUCAUUCAGAGUCUUUAUGGCCUUGGACCCUCAGCAUGGCGAGCUUAGUCGAGCGAUGAGGAAUCGAGGCAUCGAAGUGUACGUCCCUGCUCCAGACGCUUCUACGCCCGACAACCUAGCGAAGCACCUCUCGACCUUGCUGCCCCGAAGCUCUGCCAGUGCUUUGGCAUUGGCACGCUUCCGGAUCGAUGAGCGCUCGAACGAGCUGCAACGCGAAGCGGCCUGCGUCCACAUCGUCCAAGCUUUACCUGCGCACUUGUUGACCCUGGCCCUGCGAGCCUCUUCAUCGACGGCCACGGAACUGGACGCGGCGGUCGUCGAGUAUUUCCGAACCCACGCGAUUCAAAAUCAUGCCUUGGCCAGGAGCACAGCUUUUGCCCAAACAACCGCUCUGGACUUGGCAGUGCUAAGCUCUUUUGGACCUGACCUCCGUACGAAUGCCGCCACCGCUAGCGGCACUGCUGAUCAAGACAUGUUCGGGCAAGCUAUCGCACUGCUCGUCCAGACGACCGUGGAGCUCUCAAAGCUCAAGUCCACUGCGCAGGCAUCCUUGUCAAAGAGCGAUGAUGCGUUGACGGCCCUCGAAUGGUCCGCCCUUCGUUUUGGUGGGCGCUCGUUUGAGCGCAAAGCAGAACCGCCGGUGAUCUUUGCGCUUGCUGUUUCGGUGUCGCAAGUAGCCCAGCAAAUUGUUCCGACAAGCGACGCAUCGUCGUGUCAUUCUGUCGCACAGCUGGUCGACAUUGCAUCGUAUCUAGGUAGUCUUUCAGCCCAAUCGCCCAACUUCGACUACUCUUCGGCACGCGUCCUUAUCAAGCUGAUGUUUCAGGCUGCUGCACAGCUGGCGCAAAACGACGCCCAUGCGCAACAGGCGUCUCAGAUCGUCGGCGUAUUGCAACAGCUUGACUCCAAUGUGACAUUGAUCACGGGCCUGGCGAUGAGGGAGAUUUGGGCAAUGUGUCUGGGUCAUGGCCAAGAUGAUGUCGAGGCGGCGUCGGCCGCGGCAAACAUCAUUCGCCUGCUCCAUCUUGUGCCCCGUCAAGCGCUUCAACCCGACCUAGCGCGUACCUCGAUCGAUGUAGCCGCGACGCUCACAUCCCCCGACAAGGCCUGGCAGGCCAAUCAGCGCGCCGAGCUGUUGGACAUCGCAAGCAGACUGUCUGCGCAGCUCCAGGCUGCAUCGGUCGUGGGCCCCACGCACCUCGAACAAAAUGUGCAGCCACACGAGCACGUAGCGCGAGCACUUGUGGCUUGCGAGACGGGACUGAAGCAUUGCGCUCGAGCAGCUGGCCUCGACGACUUUGCUCAUCGGCGCACGUGCCUCGACGCGUUCAUGAGAGCUGCGUGUAACGACAGCUCUUAUGACCUGACGUCUCUUGUCUCGCUCAAGAGAGACGCAUGGAAGGCGCGCGUUGCCGGGGGCUUGCACCCUGCGAGUUCUCCGGCGCAAAGCUCGGGUGAUCUGGCUUGGACCGCAAAAUUGUGGGAUCUGGACGCAGCGUUUAGCCCGGCAGAUCUCUUGGGCCCACUGAGGCUCCAAAUCGCCGUCAAGAUCGGCUCUCCAAAGUCCGUCUCUUUGGCGGAACUUGCUGCUCAUAAGCGUGAAGCAGCACGCGUAGCUGAACUCUUCAACUUGGAGUUGUCUCUCCGCGCACCCCCUCGUGCUGCUCGGCUUUAUGCUGCGCUACAGCGCCUUGUGCGAGAGCUUACUAAUGCACUCAUCCCACUCCUGGCUAGCGAGGCAUCCGUGCAGCUACGAGACUUUGCGCACCGCUUCGUGCGCGACGAAGCCAUAACGCUCGACGAUUUUGAGGCGCUUGUCGCGCAUUUGGACAGCACGGAUCCCGCUGCACGUUUGCCGGUACUGAACAUCUGGCUUGAGAUGAGCGCACCCAAGGAGGACUGUCCGCCUGGCAAGGUGUGCGUCUCCAAGCGCAGAUCGAUGUCGCCACGCGGGCAGAAGCUCUGCUCACUGGCAAUUCUAGCAGUCCGCUGACGCGCUCGCUGAUGGCAAAGCAUGCGGCAUUGAUGCUCGAGCAGCCUGGGGCGGCCGAUCGGGCUCUCGUUCGAGAGCCUGAUCUCUCAAAGCUCACCUCUUUGCAUCGGGAGGUCAGCACCUUUGUGCAGACUGUGUAUCAAAGAGGUUUGCUCG